ACUCACUGCAGGGACGCCGGGGCAUGUUCAGAGACGAGAGAUAACAAACGUCCCAGGCGGGAAAGGAAGAUUCAGAAGUCAAAAAAGUGUGGGGGCGAUGCGCAUGAUGAAUGUAGUCAAUGUAGUGGAGGAGCGCGCAUCUCGGUGGGCGUUUUCGCGUUACUUCUUCCAAAAAGACGCUCUCCAAUGGAAAGCAACGCAAACGGAGAUCUCAUGUUCUAACGGGGCAUGGAUUUAAGUACGCAAUGCAUUACAAACUCACAGUUUUUCUUUGGAAUGGUUGUCUUAUAGGAGUGCUGGUAGUAGUGUUCAGCAUGGUUGCCUCUGAACUGUCUCACGUUCACACUAGACCGAUUGACUUUGUGUGUGACAGCGAGGCCAGAAGAAUGAUGAACAAGGUGAAGGACUUACAAGUGGAAAAGGUAGUCUGCGGUGCUGUAGACGCUCUGCCGUCUGAUAUUAAAUUACCGUGCAUCAGAAUUCACAAAGCAACCUGGGAGAGAAAAUCAGUGCACGAGCAGAGGGCUGAGAUCCUGCUGUCGUUGGGGACUCUAGCGCAGGAUGUGCGGUCUGCCAGGACGCUCAGCCAACCUGGCUGCGGACUCACUCUGCUGAAGCGCUUGGAACACAGUAUCAACAACUACUUGCAUGUAGUAAGGCUACUCCACAUUGAGCAGGGGGAGCAGGUAGGGCCCCAGGCCGAGCUAUGUCUGGGUCAGCCCUCUAAGGAUUUAGGUUUGGUGUUGAAGCACUUUGGGCUUCUGCUAACUGGCAAGCUGGAGUGGCUCAUUGCAGAGAUGGCAAAGGGGUGCUAGACCGAAAGACUGACUUCUAAUCUUUUUCUUCAACCUUGUGUAACGCGACCAGACAGGCCCAAUCAGUUUUAACGACGGUCCAACUUGGAGACAAUGGAGGGCCAUGCACUUUGUCGGAGAUCGGAGACUGCAAAGGAGAAAAAAUUAAAAUAAACGACAACACUGUGCCAUCUGCUGGAUCUAAGCUGAAGCGACUCACCUGUUGAGACGCACCCAUUGAACUUUUGAAACAGACAAACUGUUCUGAACUGAAUACAGUUUCUGGUGUGUGCUACAUGUUUUUAUAUACAUAUAUAUAUAUCACAGAUUGUAUUUAUUUAUUUUAUAGCUUGCAUGAAGGUUGAAUUGACUCCACGUGGUGUGAUAGCACAUGGAAGGUAACUGCGACUGAACGUGUGACAAUGCGGAGGUAGUGCAGUGCACACACAGGAAAGGUCAAUUUAUCUAUACACUCCAAGAUAUAAUAUUUGUGCAUUUAAUAUAUUUUGUGUAAAAAUAGCACUUACAAUAUUUUUUAAGAAAAAAAACCUUGUCGUUAAUUCUACAUUUGGUCUUCCUCUCUGUAAAAUGUAUCAGUUGUACUUUUUUAUGUGCAUACCUAAAUAUUUAAAUAUAUUUUCAUUUCAUUUGUUGUGCGGGUAGUGUCUAAACAGACUGCGGUGGAUUUGGUCAGAAGUAGAAAGUAAGCAGGGUCGCAUUGAGCUGAUCGAAAGUGACAGCUGAGACGUUUGUAAUAUUACAAAAGAUAUCUAUAUGUUUCGAAUAAAUGCUGUUCUUUUGCA